CCUCCAGGGUAUACCCACUCUGACCUCCUUCGCAGUGUUUACUAGGAUUCCGUGGCUGGCGCAACCAUCGAGGCAGACAUAAAAGUCAUUGCUAAUCGUGUUCACCCAGUAGGCUUCAGCCUUCCGAUCGUGUUGUUUGUGCUAAACGCGUCCCCAUAGGCAUUUGCGACCAUGCCAACCACCUGUAAGUUUCGGCUACGAAACGAUACCAACAAGGUGUACUACUGUGGUGAAAAAUUGGACGGCAGCAUUGACCUAACGUUUUCUGAGACCAAGAAAUUGAACGGAAUAAAACUUAUUAUAGCUGGCGUUGCUCACGUAAAAUGGAUACAGCACCGAGGCCCCAAUCGUUAUAGUACCACUUUUAAGGGCAGUGAAGCUUGCCUACACUCGGAAAUUGAUUUGCUGCGAGCAGAUGGUGACUCGAUGGACGUUCCAGCCGGGAAGCACACGUACAGCUUCGAUUGCCCUCUGCCGGAAUCACUGCCGGCUACCUUUGAAGGGAAGCAAGGUCGCAUCCAGUACAUAAUCACUGUGAUUUUACAACGUUCCUGGAAGGCAGAUAAGAUAUUCACGAUUGAAUUUAUAGUGUUACGAAGGGUGGAUCUGAGUGCGGAACCACCCUCGAUUCGUGGUCCGGCACGGGUUGAGAUCAGUAAGGCGUUCCGUUGUUGGCCCUGCCGAACUGGUCCCUUGAUAGCCACGUUGCAAACUUCCGCUACAGGGUAUGUCCCCGGACAGAGAAUCGCCCUGGUGCUGGAGGUUAACAAUGGAAGCAAUUCGAAGAUUCAGUCCAUUCAUCUCAAGCUGGUGAUGGUGGUUACGUACACCAGCGAUACGCCUCGAGUGAAGCUGAAGAUCGACCGCGAGGAUGUAGUUCAGAUUGAACUCGAUCAGACAGACGAAAGCGAUGAGGUGAAAUACGAGGAAAGCCUGAUAGUACCCCAGCUACCGGCUUCCAGUGGAAGUGAUAGUUGCUGCAAAAAGAUUAAAAUCGAGUACGAGCUGGUGGCGGAACUGGAGGUUGGUGCAGUGCAUCAGCUGCUGAAGUUAACCAUUCCCGUCGUCAUUGGAACGAUUCCACUCAACGGAGACCGGCGUGAGUCGACUAUCAUGGAACUGGAAUCAUAAAUACGCAGCGAUCAACAGUGAAAGUCUGGUUUUAGGUUAUAGUUACCUAUUUGUUUUUGGAGUGCUUGUUAACAUUAUACAUACACAUAUUAUUUAUAGCGAUAUUUUGCAAAGUGUUGUCACGUUUGCUUGUUAAUGUUGAAGUGUCACAAUGAUAAUAAUAACCAUAAUACGCUCAUUCCAGUGUAUAUUUACAUAAAUAUAUUAUGAAGAGGCUAUGACCACCAGGUCAGUUGUUCACUGCUCA